UGCUGUCGGCCCAGGAGGACCCGGGCACGGCGGGAGCCGGGGAGGAGCAGACUGGGAGCAGGAACGGAAGCAAUAUCCCGUAACUUCCGCUUUCGAAGUCUGAUAAAUGCCGGCAUGGAAAGGCGUGGCCUCUCUCAGCAGAAGAAAUCCUACGACUGGUCGCCCGGCCGAGAGUCUGAGGGUACUCCAGUCAACAGACGAAGAGUCCCAGCUUCUACCACAGUCAAGGAGGGGAGGCCAGUUCUGAGGAGGGCUGCAUCAAGUGAGCAGAGGGAGGAGUCCCAGACCCUGCCAGGAAUCAAGGUUGUGGUCCUCUGUCACCCACCCUCCUGCCCACAUUCCUUCCCACUACCACCAAGAGAAGUGAGCAUGUCUCAGGGUCAGGAGAUUCCAUUCUGCACACAGGAACAAUACUCUGCCCACAAUGAAAUCACAGCCAUCUCACCAAGCAAACCAGAUAAGGGCUCCAGCAGCCAAGAAAAGGAAGAUAGUUCAGCUUCUUUAUCAAAGUCGGGCACCGAGAACUUGCCCGUAGACCCUCUAGAUGAAAAGGUGACUUCGUUGGUGCAGUUCUUACUGCAUAAGUAUCAAACGAAAGAGCCCAUCACAAAGGCAGAGGUGCUUGAUGUUGUUGUCAAAGAGUGCAAGGAUCACUUCCUUGAGAUCCUCAGGAGAGCCUCUAAGCACAUGGAGGUGGUCUUUGGUGUUGAUGUGAAGGAGGUGGACCCCACCAGACACACUUACGCCCUUGUCAACAAACUAGGCCUCACUUAUGAUGCGAGACUCAGUGGUGAGGAGGGCAUGCCCAAGACCAGCCUCCUGAUAAUUGUCCUGGGUGUGAUCUUCAUGAAGGGCAAUCGUGCCACUGAGGAGGAGAUCUGGAAAGUGCUGAAUAUGAUGGACUUGUAUUCUGGGAGGAAUCACUUCAUUUUUGGGGAGCCCAGGAAGUUCAUCACCAAAGAUUUGGUGCAAGAAAGGUACCUGGAGUACCAGCAGGUGGCCAACAGUGAUCCUCCAUGCUAUGAGUUCCUGUGGGGACCCAGAGCCCAUGCUGAAGCCAGCAAGAUGAAAUUGCUGGAGUUUUUUACCGAGAUCCAUGAGUCUGACCCCCGGUGCUUCCCGUCCCAGUACGAGGAGGCUUUGAGAGAUGAAGCAGAGAGAGCCCAAGCUAGACUUGCAGCCAGGGCCAGCACUAAUGCCAUGAGCAGAGCACAUCCCAGGUCCAGAUCCCUCAGCAGCUCCCACCCCUAGAGAAGUCGGAGACAGAUUCUUCACUUUGUCUUUACAAUUAGCAGUCAACUUUCUAAGUAGUGGAGGGCUGGGGUGUGGCUGUAGGAAGCACGAUGUAUAACAUCCCUGUGUCCCUCUUCUAUGUGUUUAACACAGAGGUUUAUCUUCUUUAUGGUGGUGGGGGAAGUUUGUUUUCAAAUGUUGUUCCCUUUAAUAUACCAUUUUAUUAGCUUCCAAAUCUAAAUUCAUGAAUGGCACUGGUUAUACAUUUAUUGCUAUUUAUGACAUUUAAGAAUACAAGUUUAGUUUGUUUAUAAAACGGACCAUCUUAUUUUGUUAUCUGGAAAAAGUAAAUGAUAUUCAAAUAGGCGUUUCUUUGGAAGUAUCAAAGAAUUCAGCAGUAAAAUAGUUGGGAUCAACAACAACAAAAAUCCCUUAAAGAUGGUCAAAAGGUACCAAAAGAUAGUUAAUUUUUAGCCUCCCUUAGCCCUUUUAAUCUACCAUUCUGUAAAAUUAAGUAACAUACAUGUAUUUGCUUAGAUUAGUUAAAAAUAUAUGAGAAAUAAAUCUUAAUAAAUUAUA